GCUUGAGCUGUUUCUUUCAGCCUUCUGCUCUGUUGAAAAAUGAACAUCUUGUUUACAGACUGCAAUACGGUGUUGCUUUUCAUGUGUCAAUCAAAUGUUAAACUUUGUGAAUGUUUUGUCACUGGUUGUUUUAUGUAUCUGUUGCCAUUGUGUGUGAACUAAGGUGUUUACUUUUAACCCUGAUAUGUCAAAAGGAACCACCAUAAACUGGGACUACUUUGGGACUGGUAGGGUAAUAUUAGGUCAGCGAUCCUUCAAUGUGCAGGCCGCAACUUGUGAGAUACCAUGUUGCUUCCGAGGUCUCUACUAGCUUUGAUCUUUGCUGCCAUCUAUUGGCCAUCUCCAAAAUUUCCACAUACCACCUGUGCUAGGCAGCAGCCAUUUUCGUAUUCGUGCCAGUGGUGACAAGUGAUAAGCAUGCUGCAAACUUUCACAUAAAAAAGUGGAACUACAUUUGGACCACAAAAGACAGGAACUGUCGGGAAGGCUUCUCAAAAGUAUGGAAUCCCAAAGAACACACCUCUACUAAAAGUUAAAGAAAGUCGUGGGGGACAGUUGGCAGGCAUUGUGUGUGUAGAGGAACGGUUUGUUUCCCGUGCAAUAGCUUUAUCAAGUUUUGGAUUUCCCAUGCGGACAUUUGACCUCUGAUGCAUGGUAAAGGCGUGCCUUGACAGAUGUAACAGGAAGGAAGCCAGAUUUAAAAACAACUUCCCUGGAAUAGACUGGGCAAGACAAUUUAUGCAAGGGCACAAUGCCGUUUUGACACUCGGGCUGACGAAAAACAUCAUGUAUGCAAGAGCAGAAAAUGACAAAGAAAUCAUGAAUGCAUUCUUUGACAAUCUGGAGAUAGAGAUGGAAGAUGUUCCAUCUGUGAAUUUGUGGAAUUAUGAUGAAAUCAAUUUAGUUGAUGAACCACGGGGUUCAAAAAUAAUUACUAAAAGGGGAACAAAGUAUCCUGAACAAAUACAGAACUUGUCAAAAACAUGCAACUCCUUAAUAGUGUGUGGUAAUGCAGUGGGAACACUUGCCCCCCUUAUCUUAAAUUACAAAGCUGAAAAAUUGUGGGACACAUGAAUGGAAAAUGGGCCACCAGAAGCUAGGUAUAACAGAACCAAGAGUGGGUGGUGUUACAGUAAGUGCCUAUAGGAUUGGCUAUCCAGUUACUCCUGCCUAUCUUAAAACAAAAUGGUGUUAAGCUUAUUAUAGGUGACAACCUGAGCUUGCCUAUUAAUCUUGAAGUGCUCUGGUUGUGUGAAGAAUAUAACAUAAAACUCAUUGCACUGCCACUGAAUGCAACCCACUCUUUGCAACUUCUUGAUGUUGCAUACUUUCAACCUUUGAAAGUAAAGUGGCAGAAGAUCCUUGGGGACUGGAAACAGACAGCAGUGGGCAGCAGGUGUAGCUCUGGGCCCAAGGACAAAUUCCCCACCUUGCUCAAGAAGCUGUGAAAAUUCAUGACCUCAAGAGGAGAUAACUUGUCCAGAAAACUGGCAAAUACCCCUUGAAUUGCCAAAUUAUGCUGGAAAGGAUUCCGUCAUUCAUGAUGUCUCAGUAAACAAACUUCACUGCAGUCACCGGUGACACCUUCAGUUAUCAACUCGUGCAGAAGCAAAAUGAAGCAAUUCAGAAGUGUCAGACUGUGAUAUGCAAAAGGGUAAAUGUUCCUGCAGGGAAGAGCAUUUAUGCAGCUGAUGUUCUUGCUGGCAAGAUGAACGAGCCAUCCACUUCAGUAAAAGGAACUAAAACUGCACAGAGAGCUCCUCAUCUGGCAAAGACAAUGGUAAACAAAGAGGACACGGACAAUGGUACUGACAAGAGAUCGUCUUCUGUUCCUUAUAAAAUUGGAUGACAGUGUAACCAUGGAUGUUGAGGAUGAAGAAGAUGGGUCUAAAGACACUGAUUAGUCUGUACCAACCCACUUGGUUGUGUCCCAUGGGAACCAAACAGAGAAUGUGUGCUGUGAGAUGUACGUACUUAUUCCAUAUGAAGGUAAACUGUAUCCAGGACAAGUCACAGAAAGAACAACAGAGGGUUAUGUGGUCUGCACUAUGGAAAAAUGUGUGGAAAAAUGUGGAAACAAGUGGAAGUGGCCCGAGAAAUAGGAUCUUCUAGAAUAUGUUGCAGAAGGCAUUUCCAAAUCAUCAGCCCGUUGGAGAAAAUUGGUCAUCAAGGUAUUUUUUAUGUUAAGGAGUUGGGACUGUACGUGCUGGACUGAAUUUUCCGAGAUGUCUUUUUUUAUUUUUUGGUGAUUUGCAUUUUUUCAUGAUUUAUUAUCUGGUC